AUGGAAACAAAAAGAAAUAUCAACGACUGGCUUCCCAUCACAAAGUCUCGUAAUGCAAAGUGGUGGUAUUCUGCUUUCCACAAUGUCACUGCUGUUGUUGGAGCUGGAGUGUUGGGUUUCCCCUACGCUAUGUCUGAGCUUGGAUGGGGUCCUGGCAUUGUAAUAUUGCUCCUUUCGUGGAUUUGCACUUUUUACACUGCAUGGCAAAUGAUUGAGAUGCACGAGCCUGAACCGGGGAAGGGAAAGAGGUUUGAUAGGUAUCAUGAACUGGGGCAGCAUGCGUUUGGGGAGAAACUUGGACUGUGGAUUGUGGUGCCUCAGCAACUAAUGGUUGAGGUUGGUGUGAACAUAGUUUAUAUGAUCACUGGUGGGAAUUCUCUGAUGAAGAUUUAUCAGACUGUUUGUGGUGACUGUAAGCCCAUUAGGAGGACUUACUUCAUCAUGAUGUUUUCUUGUGUUCAAUUCCUUCUCUCCCAUCUCCCUAGUUUCAACUCCAUCACUGGUGUUUCUUUGGCUGCUGCUGUCAUGUCCCUCAGCUACUCCACUAUUGCUUGGAUAGCUUCACUCCACAGGGGCGUUCAACCAGGCGUGCAAUAUGGCAGCAAAUUUUCAAGCGAUGCAGGAAACAUAUUUGGCUUCUUUAGUGCUUUGGGGACUAUAGCUUUUGGGUAUGCUGGGCACAACGUAGUUUUAGAGAUUCAAGCAACCAUUCCUUCCACACCUGAAAAGCCAUCCAAAAUCGCCAUGUGGAAGGGCAUGAUUGUUGCUUACAUCGUUGUGGCUCUAUGCUACUUUCCUGUUGCUAUCUUUGGUUAUUGGGCUUUUGGAAACAAUGUUGAUGAUAACAUCCUUUUGUCCCUCGAGAGACCACGCUGGCUCAUUAUAGCCGCUAACAUAUUUGUUUUUGUCCAUGUAACUGGGAGUUAUCAGGUCUUUGCCGUUCCGGUGUUUGAUAUGUUAGAAUCGUUCUUGGUUAAAAGGAUGAAGUUCGAGCCUAGUCGGUUACUUCGAUUCAUAACUCGCAAUGCAUACGUUUUUCUUACAUUGUUGCUGGCAGUUACAUUUCCUUUCUUUGGUGGGCUUCUCGGCUUCUUUGGGGGAUUUGUCUUUGCUCCAACCACAUACUUUCUCCCGUGCGUAAUGUGGCUUGUCAUCUACAAACCAAAGAGGUUUAGCUUGUCUUGGUGUGCAAAUUGGAUUUGUAUCGCAUUUGGAGUGUUAUUGAUGGUGCUAGCUCCUAUUGGUGCAUUGAGGCAGAUCAUACUAGAAGCUAAGGAUUACAAAUUUUUCUCGUGAUCUUGUUCGCUUGUACAUAGAAGGCUGCAAGAUUUCACAAAUUUUCCAUCACGACAUUUUGUUGGCUAUUUCUUUUAGUUCUUAUUUUGUCACAUAGUUUUAUCAGUAAUACUUUCU